AUGACGAAACAGCAGCAGAAGAAAAUGCCCAUCGUCAGGCAGAUGAGCAAGCAGGACGAGUUGCUGAGCGCGCAGGCUCAGUAUUUUCUGAGGCUGGACGAGAUGAAGCUGACGAAGAAGCAAAGGGCGAUGAGGUUCAUCUGGGACCCCAAGACCAGUCGGUUCUGCGGAAGGACUAAGACAAGCUGGACAAAAAUCAUCAUCUUCUACCUGAUCUUCUAUGGCAUGCUGGCAGCUUUGGUGGCCAUCUGCAUGUGGGUGUUCUUCCAGACCCUGGACCCCCGCAUCCCCAAAUGGCAGCUGGACAGCUCCCUAGUGGGCACCAAUCCCGGCCUGGGGUUCAGGCCGAUGCCCACUGACAAUGAAGAAAGCACCCUCAUCUGGUUCCAAGGGUCCAACCAGACCAGCUACAUGUAUUGGGUGGACAAUAUCCUGUCAUUUUUGGACAAUUAUUACGUGCCGAGCAAAAUAGCGAAGGGCAACGGCCAGAUAAAGCCGUGCUCCCACUCGGACUACCCAGAGAUAGGCCAGGUGUGCGAGGUGGACGUGAGGGACUGGGGCGAAUGCAACAGAGAUCAGUUCUUCAACUACCACAAGAACUCGCCCUGCAUCUUCCUCAAGCUGAACAAGAUCUACGGCUGGACCCCGGACUAUUACGACGAUCCCUACGACUUGCCGGACGAGAUGCCGCAAGGGCUCAAGAACCAUAUAGCGAGCUUAAAUAACACUAAAGAGAGGCAAAAUAUUUGGAUAUCUUGCCAAGGGGAAAAUCCAGCUGACGUGGAGUAUUUGGGACCGAUGACUUACUACCCUAGAUACAUUCAGGGAUUUCCAGGCUAUUUCUACCCCUACAUGAACGCUGAAGGGUACCUUAGCCCUUUAAUAGCUGUUAAAUUCGAAAGACCAAUACCUGGAAUCGUCAUCAACGUUGAAUGCAGGGCUUGGGCAAAAAAUAUAAUAUACAGCAGAUCUGAACGAAUGGGCUCAGUCCAUUUUGAACUACUGAUUGACUAG